UCAGCGCGCCGUCGCGUGUGGAUGACGCACUGAAGCCGUCGCCGCAGGGGAAGGCGCUUCUCCGUUGCCCUUUCUCGGGGAGGGGGUUCUCUGUGGUCUGGAGCAGGCUCAUCUGUAGCCAUGGCGCAGUAUAAAGGUGCUGCCAGUGAGGCUGGCCGGGCACUCCAGCUGAUGAAGAAGAGAGAGAGGCAGCGGGAGCAAAUGGAGCAGAUGAGGCAACGCAUUGCUGAGGAGAACAUCAUGAAGUCGAACAUCGACAAGAAGUUCUCGGCCCAUUAUGAUGCUGUGGAAGCGGAGCUGAAAUCCAGCACCGUGGGUCUGGUGACCCUCAACGACAUGAAAGCCAAGCAGGAGGCUCUGGUGAAGGAACGGGAGAAGCAGCUGGCCAAGAAGGAACAGUCGAAGGAGCUGCAGCUGAAGCUGGAGCGGAUGCGAGAGCGAGAACGGAAGCAGGAGCAGAAGCGCAAGAUCUCCAGCCUGUCCUUCACCCUGGAUGAGGAAGAGGAAGAAGACGGAGCAGAGGAAGAGGAGGAUGAGGAGGCCGAGCUGGAACGGGAAGAACUGCCUGCCAAGAAGAGGAAACUGGGGAAGAACCCUGACGUGGACACCAGCUUCCUGCCCGAUCGUGACCGUGAGACUCCCCCCGUGUCUGAAAGCAUUUCGUCCACCUGGUUUGCCCUGCAGGAGGAAGAGAAUCGUCUUCGAGAGGAGCUCCGCCAGGAGUGGGAGGCCAAACAGGAGAAAAUCAAGAGUGAAGAAAUUGAAAUCACUUUCAGCUACUGGGAUGGCUCUGGACACCGCCGGACUGUCAAGAUGAAGAAGGGGAAUACCAUACAGCAGUUCCUGCAGAAGGCCCUGGAGAUCUUGCGCAAGGACUUCAGUGAACUCCGGUCUGCUGGUGUGGAGCAGCUCAUGUACAUAAAGGAGGACCUGAUCAUCCCUCACCAUCACAGCUUCUAUGACUUCAUUGUUACUAAAGCCCGGGGGAAAAGCGGGCCACUCUUCAAUUUCGAUGUCCAUGACGACGUUCGGCUUCUGAGUGACGCGACAGUGGAAAAAGAUGAGUCCCACGCCGGGAAGGUUGUGCUCCGCAGCUGGUAUGAGAAGAACAAGCACAUUUUCCCUGCAAGCCGAUGGGAGCCCUACGAUCCUGAGAAGAAGUGGGACAAGUACACGAUCCGCUGAGCAGCUAACGGUGAAGUUUUCUGUGUCAUCCACGGCUGCCUGUUAGCUUUCGAACCUUCUGCUGCACUCCUUUUUAGCUGGAACCAACUCUCCCGACCUGUGCAACUGAACCCCUUCCAUACCUGUGUCAACUGUUUGGUGAAAUAAACUUUGCUUCACCUGC